UGGCUGUGUCCCACGAUGAUUUUCGAUCGGCGCCGCUCCCUGAAGCCGGGGGGGGGCCUCGUUCUGGUCGCCCGUUGCGGGUCGCGCGAUGGCUUCCAGGUUCCCAGCACGGGGGCCCGCAAGCGCUCAGCCGUGGGUUUCUUUUCUGCUUUUUCUUUUCUUUUUUUUUUCUUCUUGUCGCAUGUCAUCUAGACUCGGUUCUUCCUAUUACCUACCCUCUCUAUACUUUCUGCCAGUCGCCUCACAGGCAAGAAAGACUCUCAUCUUGACUGACUGGUAGCUACUAGCUUCUCGGAGCAUACGUAUAGCUGUGGAGCGAGUUGCGGUGCGACAUCAGCGUCGCGUUUGCGUUUCUUGCUAUCUAGGUUUAUUCCGGGGGGGGAAAAAAAAAGGAGCAGACAAGCUGUUGGUCUCUGAGGGAUAUCUAGACGGAUGCUGGGCUGGCCAUCAUGCCGCAAGCUGCGAGAUGGGUGGGCACGCCAUCCAUCAAGGGCCGGACAGAAUCAGCGCGGAUGGCGCUGUUGACGUGCAGCCUGGCGGGGUUACAGUUCACAUGGGGUAUUGAGAUGACAUAUUGUACGCCGUAUCUCCUCCAGCUCGGCCUCACGAAAUCACGGAUCUCCCUCGUGUGGAUCGCCGGCCCUCUCUCCGGGCUGAUCAUUCAGCCUCUUAUUGGCGUGAUUGCGGAUCGAUCGCGUUCGAAAUGGGGCAGACGCAGACCGUUCAUGGUCGUCGGCUCAUUUGUCGUCGCCGCAUGCUUGUUGGUGCUAGGCUGGACUACAGAGAUUGUCGGCAUGUUUGUCUCGGAUCCAGAAAGGGUGAUUGCCAAAAAAGCUACUAUUGCUCUUGCCGUCUUGAGUAUCUACGCGGUCGAUUUCGCCAUCAACGUCGUCCAAGCAUGCUGUCGCAGCUUGAUUGUUGACACGCUACCGAUUCCACAACAACAGGCCGGAUCAGCAUGGGCCAGUAGAAUGGCGUCCAUUGGUCAAUUGAUUGGAUAUGCAAUUGGGUCUCUUGAUACCGUCGGCCUGUUUGGCACGGCGAUUGGUGACACGCAGUUCAAGCAGAUGACGGUGAUUGCAGCACUGUCGCUGAUCGUGGCUGUAUCUGUUACCUCUAUUUCCGUGCAGGAACGGGUUUUGAUAUCCGCUCGCAGAGAUUCUGAUGGCAAAGCCGGGGCGAUCCAAGUCCUCUCGCAGCUAUUCAAGACGACACUAGACCUACCGCCUCGGAUCCAAGCGAUUUGCUGGGCUCAAUUCUGGGCAUGGAUUGGCUGGUUCCCCUUUCUGUUCUACAGCACGACAUGGGUCGGAGAGACGUAUUUUCGCUACGAAGCUCCUCAGGGCGCGGCCGAGUCAAAGGACAUUCUCGGAGAAGUCGGCCGGCUAGGCAGUCUGUCUCUGGUCGUUUUCUCCUCCAUUACCUUCCUCAGCUCCGUGCUGCUGCCGUUCUGCGUGCAGGCGCCGGACAAGAACAAAAAACGGCCAAACUUCACCCCGCGCCCACCGGAACGGCUGGCCGCGGUGCUCACCCGGCUGACGGCGAUCCGACCGGAUCUUCAGACCGCAUGGCUGAUCUCGGACCUGAUGUUCGCGGCGACGAUGAUCUUUGCGCCGCUGGCCCGGUCUCGCGCCUUUGCCACCAGCCUUGUUGCCAUCUGCGGGAUCCCCUGGGCGAUCAGCGGCUGGGCGCCGUUUGCCUUUAUGGGCGUCGAGAUCAACAAGCUGGCGAUUAACACGUCGCCAACGGCCGACAGUCGCUCGGGUAUCACCAUGAUCACCUCGACGACCAUCCGGCACCACCACGUCGACGCGCCCGUGGCCGACGCAGAACUGGACGUGCUACGUCUCAAUCACCGCGACGUAGACAGCGACACCGACGACGAAGAGGCCGGGUAUCCCACGGCUGCUCGCGCCUCAUCAUCAUCGCCCGCCGCCAACUUUGCUUCGACGGGCGAGCUGGCGGGGAUCUACCUAGGCGUGCUAAACGUAUACACCACGUUGCCACAGUUUGUCGGCACGUUCAUCAGCUGGAUCGUGUUUAGCAUCCUGGAGCCCGCGCGCAACGAGCAACCCGCGGGUGCGGAGGGUGUUGAAACCCCCCCCGCCGACACCGAAUGGAUGAACGUCAACAGCGACUCGCCGAACGGGAUCGCAGUGUGUCUGUUCAUCGGGGCGCUGAGUGCGCUGGUGGCGGCGGAAGCGACGCGCCGGCUGCGGCGGACAGAGUACGUUAUAUAA